AUUUGGGGAAACACGUCAAGGGGUGUCACGCGCAGACCAGCAAGUGGACUUUGGACAGUAGGUUGAUGUAAUCUGCCCGGGGUAUAUAAAGAUAGCCCCUGAGACUGAGGUACAUUUACAGUUCGCUAAAUGCUGGAGCUCUCACACAUUAUACUGAGCAAUAGUUAUAUGUACCGACAAAGUCUAAUGGCACAACAAACAAGAAUGGAAGACGAACAGUUCAUAAGUAAGCUUGGGAACCUGCCAAUGGUGAACCUGGCAUGGACAACUGCCUUCAGUGCCUAUGAGAAAACCAAAGAAAGGCAUACCCUGUUGAAAACAGCCCUCAACUUGGCCGAGAGCAGUGUCACAACAGUGGCUCAAACUGCCAAGCCUCUCGUGGACAAGGUCCAGCCUCAGAUUGCUGUGGUGAAUCAUUACGCCUGUGAGAAACUGAACAACCUGGAGACCAAGUACCCAGUCAUCACCCAGCCUGCUGAUGAGGUGUAUGCCAGCAGCAAGAAAGCCUGUGAGGAAUACCUGAAACCUGUCACCAGCACCGUCAGUGGGGUCUACAAUGUCGGCAAACAGCAGGUGACUCGCGUUGGUCAGUUUGGUACUGACACGGUCAAUGGUGUGAAGAACUACAGCACUGCUCAGAUCGCUCGUGUCCAGAGUCUGGGUCAAGGUGUGCUGGACGCCUCCCUCGGGACCAAGUAUGGCCAGCUGGCUGUGUCUGGGCUGGAUGGUGUGCUGUCUACAUCCGAACAUCUGGUGGACAGAUAUCUGCCCCCUGAAGAUGGUGAGAUUGACAAGCCAGAGAAGAACCCUCUGUACCGCGCCACGUCUCUCACGUCCAAAGUGCGCCGCCGCAUGUACCAGCGAGCCAUGCGGGACCUGCGUGGCGUCCAGGUGAAGGGCCAGGAUGCCCUCUCCAAACUCAACUUCACCGUCAACCUGAUUGAUUAUGCAAAGAACAACAUUGAGCAGGCCAGGACCCUUGUAGGCGAUGGUGUGACUGCCGUCCAGGAGAAGGUCGGCAACACCUGGACCCGCAUCACCAGUGAGGAGGAGGAGGGGGGAGAGAAGAACCCUCAGAACCUGGAGGAGAGAACCAUCCUCCUGGCGCGCCGCCUUACCCGCCAGAUCCGCAACAGCACCAACACAGUGUCCCAGUACGUCACCUCUCAACCUCAGCAUCUGCGAGAAACUAUUGCUCAGGCCAAAAAAUAUAUUGAAGACCUCUACACAACUUUUUCCAAGGCUAAAUCUUUUGAAGACCUCCCUUCUUGGUUCCUGAACGAAACCAAGGACAGACUGAGCUACGUACAGGAAGCUCUGAGCUUCGCCACUGAUCUGCUCAUUUCUACCCCCCUCAACUGGCUGGUGUCUCGUCCCAAGGAGGCAGUAACAGAAGAGAUGGAAAUGAAUGCCUUGAAUGGCGACAGUAGUCGGAGAGAAUAGAACAGUCGUCUCAGCUUCUGGAGAUUUGUAGUGUCCUAGGCUUCAGUCAGACUCUCGUGUUGUGAAAGUCGUUGUAGUCAACAGGCACUUUGUAGCACAUCUUUGUCAUUAUCAAAUUUACGUUCUACAUAGAAAAUUAAGGUUUCCAGUGGUUGUAUCUGUCAGUUGUUGUCAUGGUGACUAGUUAUAAACUUCUCCUGUGGGUGUUUAUGGACAGGAUGUACACCUACCUGCAACUUCUGAAAGAUACCAACAAACAAAAGAAGAAUCAGGGUUAAAUGCAUGUUUCAAAGUCACUUUUCAAGGAUAUCUUACAUUCAUAAUAUUUGGAAGAUAUGUACCAUGUACAAAUUGAUGUAUGUUUUCAAGGCUUUCAGAACAAACGUAAUGUUUACAAAGUUCUCUGCAUGCUUUGAGACAAGCUGGAGCAUGAUUGUAUUGUGAAACUGCCUUGUCUAACACAUCUGAAUGUAAUAUAACCUUUUUUUCCUGGUAGUUAUUUCACAGAAACAGUAAUUACGCUGUGUUGAUGAUGUUGUCAUUGCAUACAAGUUCAUUGAUAUGUGCAUAGAGAAAGAUCAUUUAAUGACAUUUUUCUACUUUUUAAUCAUGGUCGGUAAUCAAAAGAUAACAUUUACCAGAUACCUCUUGACAAGGAUGCAUUUACAGACUUCACGUCAUGUAUAACAUUUAGAGAAUUUUAUCAUCAUGAUUUUAUAUGAGCUUGUAAGUCAUACUCACAUUUGCAUAGCAAAGAAGUUGUUAUAAAUUCACAAUUGACCAUUGUUAAAUGAAUUGAAAUGUUAAAUUUAUGCUAAUAAAUGCCAAAUAAGGGAUUAUAUAUCAUUUCAAAUAAUCAAUGAACUUUCGGCCUUAUAUUUCGGAUUCAUGGAAGUAAGGGACCUCUGAUUGUGAAAUCAGUCUCCUCUCAUCGUAGUUCAGUCUCUGCCAAACACUGGUGACACUACCAGCCAAAUCCUCACAGCAUCUUCGGUAGAUUUUACUGGUUAUGGAAAGUCCAUUGUCAGUAAAGUUUGCUUGUCUGAAAGAAUGUGAUUUAUAUAAGAUUCAGGGCUUCCAGAGAGGUUUCAAAGCACAGUCAAAAGUUAUUAAUCCAGAUUUAUUACAGUAAAGAAUGAUUAUUCAAAUCUCAUAAUCACAAAUAUAUGCCCUAGAAAUCUACAUGUCUUUAAUCAUGGCUAAUAGCAUGCCUUCAUAUUAAAUCGUGAACUUGCACUCUAACAAUCCUACUCAAAUUGUAAUUCGUGCACUGUAAGUAAGUGUUCAUCAGUGUAGAGAUGGUGGUGUUAUCAACAUAUGUGCUGUGCUUGUCAAACAUUGAUAAUGUAAUUCAUAUACAAUGAAUAAAAUAAUCUCUUAUUA